AUGCGUAGGACAUUAAACCUCCUCUCGUCUAUCCUCCUUCUCCCCCUCGUUGCCUCCUUCCAAUGCUCGCUCACCGCUUCUUCGAUACCUUAUGACCUGUCACCCCUCAGAGGGCUCCGACAAGUAAGCAAGGAUACCCCGACCCCGCCUACCACUUCCGAAGCAAAGGUGAGGAUGGAGCUGUGCAGUCCAGAGGGUAUAGGGAGGGAAGACGGUGUAGCGGAUGAGGACCAGUGCCCACCAAAUACCCGAGUCUGCUUGACUUUGCUCAAUCAUAAACCUUCCGCUUCAGACCCAGACAGAGUGACAGCAGUGAUACCUAUCUGGCCAGUUGAUAUACCCGAGGAAGACGUAUUCACUACACCCAUGGGCAAGAAAGGUGAACAGGGUUUGAAGGUAUAUGUUCAAGGUGGAGAUUAUGCAGGGGUACAACAACAUCUCAAUUUGACUUUACUAUGUUCUCAAUCCGAUACAGCGCCGAAUCCCACAUUCGUCUCAUAUACCUCUGGCCUAGUAUCGUUAGAAUGGGCUACACCUGAUGCUUGUCCGAGAUCAGCAGACUCGCCCAGUGCACCAAGUGACGGUUCAUCCGGCAGUGGAAUAGGGUUCUGGGGAUUCAUCAAGUUUGUCUUUUGGUUGAGUAUAAUAGGAUUGAUAGCUUACUUCGCUAUUGGUAUAUUCUACAAUCAUCAACAAUAUUCAGCGAAAGGGUGGGAUCUGAUACCCCAUCGAGAUUUCUGGAGAGAAGUGCCGGUGCUGCUGCAGGAUUUAUUCUCUCAUCUAUUCGCUGGUCUGCGUGGAAGCAGCGGUGGAAGAGGUGGUUAUAGCAGUUUGGGCUGA